AUGUCGUCCGUCGAGCUUGUGUUUCUUGUCAGUAUAGUAGCUUCAACGCUUGUGGCGUUCUACUUCAACCACGUCCGUCCAAGGGGCAGCCUGCCGCCGGGCCCUGUGGGCAUCCCUCUCCUUGGGAACCUCCUGCAGGUCAACGCGCUGCGUCCGCAUCCGCAGUUUCGCGAAUGGGCAGCGCGGUACGGGCCGAUUUUCUCCCUGCGCAUGGGUCCACAGCAGAUGAUCGUGCUCAACACGGCGGAGGCAGCUGAUGAAUUGCUCGUCAACCGAAGCAAGGUCUAUUCGAGUCGAUCGCCUCCGCACGUGGCACAAGAUAUCGUCAGCGAUGGGCAACGCAUGGUGCUGCUGCCUUACGAUAGGGAAUGGAAGAUUGUGAGACGGAGUGUUCAUAGCGUUCUGAGUCCCGCUCCUUCCAAGCGCUUGCGAGAGAUGCAGGAGCUCGAGUCACGCGUGGUGCUCUACGACCUCCUCACUCAUGGUGAUACGAGCGUUAGAGAAACUUUUAUCCAGGGCCCGAAUUGGGAAGUACCUGAGCGGCACUGGUUUUCCAUUCUGAGGAGAUAUACCACCAGCGUCGUUAUGCACAUGGCAUAUGGGCAGCGCAUCCACAGGAUCGUCGAUAACCCUAACUUGCAUAAGAUCUACAACGUCAUGGCGAACUUUACACGUGUUGCGCAACCAGGAAGCUAUCUGUUAGAUGAUUUCGUCCAUUGA